CUGGAGGUGACCUCCAUGAAGCUGCAGGACUCGCCCAUCCUCUCCUUCAACCGCUCGCCACCGGCAGCACCCAUGGGUCCUCUCAGCAGCAACCUGCCCCUGGAGACGUGGCUCAGCCCACCCGUGCCCAGCAGCACAGCCCUGCAGACCCUGCCUGGCUUCGUGGCCUCACCGCAGAGCCUGCCUGGCAGCUACACACCACCGCCCUUCCUGAACUCUCCGGCUGUCACCCAUGCGCUGCAGCCCCUGGGGGCCAUGGGGCCACCGCCGCCUUACCAAUGCGGGGCCACUUAUGUGGACAAGUUCCCCUUGGACGAGGCAGACCCGCGCAACACAAGCAUUGCUGCAUUGCGGAUGAAGGCCAAGGAGCACAUCCAGUCCAUCGGCAAACCCUGGCAGACAAUCUGA